CUUUAGACUAGUUGAGUAUCUGAGGGUUCGAUUGCAAGCUAAAAAUGUCCAGAAACAAAUAACUUUCUUCUGAAACACGUCAGUCUAUUCCUGUUCUGAGAAAUGAAGGCUAUUCCAUGUGAGAAAUGAAGGCUAUUCCAUGUGAGAAAUGAAGGCUAUUCCAUGUGAGAAAUGAAGGCUAUUCCAUGUGAGAAAUGAAGGCUAUUCCAUGUGAGAAAUGAAGGCUAUUCCAUGUGAGAAAUGAAGGCUAUUCCAUGUGAGAAAUGAAGGCUAUUCCAUCCGGAAGUAUGGCGACAAAUGGAGAGAAGGCAAGUGGAGGAGAGGAGGGGUCGGAUUCCGAGGUGGCUGAGCUUCGCCAGAAAGUAGAGUCUCUAAAGCAAGAACUGAAAAGCUGCACAAAAGAACUGACCAAAUUACAGAAACAACUGACCAAGUCUGAGAGUCUUCAGAAAAGCACAGAAGGCUACAAUGAAGACUUGAGGAAACAGGUCAACAAGCUUAGUGCAGAGAUUCAUGAACGAAAGAAAAAGGCGAAAGAGAGAGCUGAAGCUGAGACACAGACAGAGGAAUAUACCUGGUCAGAAACUGAUUAUUACAACUACUACUAUGGAGGAGGCUACUACCAGGGUGAUGGUGUGACUACAGACACCCAGGGGACCGUGACACCUGAGGGGCAGGAAGCCACUGAUGCCUCAGAGAUGACAGCUGCAGAAUCAACCACUGACACAGCUACAGACAUGACGACAGACAACGCCACAGCGAUGAUUACAGAGGUGUCUGUAGAGGGUGGUAUUGCUGCCGUUCAACCAGAGGAAGUGGAUACGGGCUCCAUAGCAGACAUGCUGAGAGCCACAGCUGAGCAGGCCAUGACACAGACUGGCUUUGUGUUUGAUGAGACCACAGGGAUGUACUACGACCACAGCACUGGCUUUUACUACGACUCGGCCAGUCAGUUGUACUAUGAUAACAACACAGGCAUGUACUACUAUUACGAUGCAGAGAGUGGCAAGUACCAGUUCCACUCCAGGAUAGAGGUUCCUACUGUACAGCCUGUCUCAGAGACCAGCCAGGUGAAAAAGAGCCUAGACAAGAAAGGAAGGAAGUGGAAGAAAGUUCCAGAGAGAACCGCCCGUCAGAAUGAUAAGGGCCUUGUAAAGGAGGAGCUGGACCUUGAUGAGUGGAUGGAGCGGCGAAUCCCGAAGAGGGGCACAGGCUCGCGCAGGCAUAGGGGCCGGUCUCUUACUCCAGACACUACUCUGCAAAAAAAACGCUCCUUGAACACUCGCCAGGCGAAGAGUGCCGAACGCUCGUUGAAGAGGAAGAAGAGGAAGGACGGGUUGCGCUCCGAUGAUGCGAGCAGCUCGAGGAGGAGGAAGAAGAAGAAGGCUAAAUCAGAUAAACUCAUCAAGAAAAAGAAGAAGGCUAAAGCAGCGUCUGCAUCGCAGAGUGAUGACUCGAGUGGGAACAAUGAUCCUGAGGAGGGGGAGAUCACGGAGUCGGAGAGAGAAUGGAAGUCUACCUCUUCCUCCCCUCCCACCAAAUACAGCUCAGAGUCAGAGAUAGAGAGUCAGGAAGUUGCUGAGAAGGUGUGGCCACCCUGCGUGAGGGUGACAGUGGUCAGAUCUCCAGUGUUACAGACAGGAACACUCUUCAUCAUCACAGCUGACUCUCCAGCCACCAUUGGCAGGGAGAAGGAUAUGAACCAUGCCAUUAGUAUAUUUGAAAAGGGAGUCAGUAAGCUCCAUGCAGAGGUGUACUUUGACCAGGACCAACAGUGCUAUAUGCUAGUGGACCAGGGAAGUCAGAACGGAACUGUCCUCAAUGGCAACCGAAUCCUACAGCCCAACGCUAAGUGUGAUCCUUGCCCUCUGACCCAUGGGGAUGAGGUGAAGAUGGGAGAGACUGUUCUGUCCUUCCACAUCCACGCAGGGACAGACACCUGUGACGGCUGUGAACCUGGACAGGUCAUGGCUCACCUCAGCAAACACCAGAGGAACCAACCACUACAGACCGGUCCAGCUCCAACCAAAGAGGACAAGGAGCUGCUCCGACAGAAAGAACUGAAACAGAUGAAGGUUAAAUAUGGCCUGAAGAGCGCUGAGUAUGAGGAGGAUAAAGCCCUGAGGAACCCCAGGUAUGUGGACCGGGCCGAGUCUCGCCGUCAGACCGUGGGCAGCGAGGGAGUCUUUCAACGGGAUGACGCACCUGCCUCUGUACAUGUUGAGAUCAGUGAAGUCAACAAGGGAAGGAAGAUGUUGGAGAAGAUGGGCUGGAAGAAAGGAGAAGGCCUGGGCAAAGAUGGAGCUGGAAUGAAAGACCCGAUCCAGUUGAAGGUCCGGAAGUCCCAGUCAGGCUUUGGGGCAGGAGCUGCUGUGUCGGUGGACGAGGCUGGGACUCUGAGUAGGACCAAGACCCAGAGGAACUGGGAGAAGGCCAGGGAGCGGUUUAAUGACACAUGCCAGACAGAGACACCCACAGUAAAGAAGGAGCAGAGCCCAGCACCCAAACCCUGGGUUAAAGGAGAAGUGGCUGAGUGACAUCCAAUGUUUCUAGUCUAUAUCUCAGAAAGGCCAGUCGCCCAAUCCACCAUGGAGAAGUGGGUAAUUGACUGCAGACAGAAACACAGGGUGGUCUAAUUGCAUUAUCUUUACUGACUGAAUCCACUUCUUGGAAUGAGGAUGGAGUGGAGUGAGUAUGGUGCUGGUACUCAGAUUUUAUUCCAACCGCAAUAAAGUGGCAUAGCGCCAUCUGUCCAGUCAUUCAAAACUGUGCAGUGUGAACAUUAAA